UUCACCCGCGGCCCCUCCAAGCCACGCCCAACCCCUCCAGACCACGCCUCCGGCGCCCCGAGGCUCCGCCCCCCGGCGCCGAGCGCAGCCGGGGCUCGGGUCCGCUCGGGUCCGUUCGGGUCCGGUCCGGGAUGGGGGGGGGCGGCGGCGCGGCGCUGCUCGGGGCGCUGCUGGGGGCGGCGCUGGGGGCCGCGGGUUCGAGCCUGGAGCCGGUGGUUUGGCACACGGGGAACCGGCGGUUCCUGGCCGCGGGGGGUUACGUCCUGUACCCCCAGAUCGGGGACCGGCUGGACCUGGUGUGCCCCGGCGCGGGGGGGACCGAGGGGGGGGGGUACGAGUUCUAUAAGCUCUACCUGGUGGGGGGGGCCCAGGCCCGGCGCUGCCACGUGCCCCCCUCGCCCCCCCCGACGCUGCUGCUCACGUGCGACCGGCCCCAGCGGGAGCUUCGCUUCACCAUCAAGUUCCAGGAGUUCAGCCCCAACCUCUGGGGCCACGAGUUCCGGCGCCGGCACGACUAUUACAUCAUCACGACGUCGGACGGGACGCGGGAGGGGCUGGAGAACCGACACGGCGGCGCCUGCCUGAGCCGGGCCAUGAGGGUGACCCUGCGCGUGGGGCAGCGUCCCGGCUCGGCCCCGGCGCAUCCGGAUGAACCAGGCUCAGCCAAUCAGACGCGCCCUCCCCCAGGCCCGGGCCCGCCCCCUUCCCCGUGGGGGGGGGCGGGGGGAGGAGCAGCCGCGACGCUAUUGGCUCUGGCGGGGGCGGGGGGCGGGGCUUGGUGGUGGAGGCGCCGCCCGCCGCGCAGGCCCCGCCCCCCCGCUUCAAGCCCCGCCCCCCGCGAGCUGCCCCCGCCCACCUACUACAAGGUCUGAGCCCUCAUUGGCUGUGGGGGAGCGUCACGUGACGCUUUGGCCACGCCCCCCGCCCUUCCGAUGGUGCUCCAAUAUGGCCGCCGCCUUAUGGAGAGGAACGGAAGUGACGUCAGUGAUACGCGACGUGAAGGCGGCACUUCCUAUAUGGCGCCUCCCAUGGGACUUCCGGGUGUGACGUUGAUGGGGGCGGGGCUUCGUGGUUGCGAGAGGGGCGGGGCUAUGAUGGAACUUCCGGUUAUUAGAGCGUUGCUAUUGGCUA